UAUUACUUUAAUUCUCUCUCCCCCCUCCCCCCGGCUCCCCUAUAAAACAGCCCGACUAAGAAAUCGACCGGCGCUCCGUCCCGGUUCUUACUUCCUUGCCUCGUUAUCUUAUCCUUUCUCCUUUUCCCCUCCUUCCACCGCCGUGUUCCCCCCCUCCUCCGCGUUUUAUGGUCGGAACUGGAAAUCGAAACCUCGAGGAAUUAAAACCCUCUUCCUAGAAAAAUUCCCUUUCGUCUUUUCUCUCAUCUCUGAUCGCUGCAGAUCAUCGGGCUGACUGUUUCUAUCGCCUAAUCCUUAUUCGGUCUCGAAUCGGUCGGUCCCUUGGUGGAACCCCCUCCCCGUCUGAUCGCGGGCUUUUUUAGUUCUCGUUACAUACAACUUUCGACUUUUUUGCACCUCCCCUCCUCCAAGGUACCCCACUAUCGCAAAGCCUUAAAGCCCUCACCUCCAUUUUUUCCUCGCCAAGGCGGUUACUCCGGAUUUUCUUUUAUCUUGUCUUCCUUCCUCCCUGACCUCCUUCGAUCCACUCAUCAUUCAUCCGCCUGAUCUCCUUUUUUUCCUGUUUCUUACCCCCUCCCUACCCUGUCUUUCCGAAUUCUACCCGGAACCUUGUUCCACCUCUCUCUCUCUCUCCUCCUCCCACCGCCGGAACUACCACCAAAACACCCUCAGGAUUACACCCUCAAACGACCCGAAUGACACAACCGCAGAAGACGAUAGCCGUGGUCAACGCGGCCGGGCGACAAGCGGCGUCGCUAAUCCGCGUCGCAUCGGCCGUCGGCUAUGCGGUGCGCGCGCAAAUCCACUCCCUCAAGGGUCUCAUCGCCGAAGAACUCCAGACUCUGCCCAACGUGACCCUCCUGCAAGGCCCGCUCCUAAAUAACCCCGCGCUCAUGGACGCCCUCUUCCAAGGCGCCAAUUACGCGUUCAUCAACACCGUCUCCCAAGCCGGCGACGAGGUCGCCAUCGGCCGCGCUCUCGCGGACGCCGCAAAGCGCGCAGGCUCCAUCUCCCAUUACAUCUAUAGCAGUAUGCCCGAUCACUCCGUGCAUGGACCCUGGCCCGCGGUUCCGCAGUGGGCGCCCAAGUUUACCGUGGAGAAUUACGUGCGCCAGCUCGGGUUGCCGGCUACGUUUGUCUACGCGGGUAUCUACAAUAAUAAUUUCACCAGUCUGCCGUACCCGCUGUUCCAGAUGGAGUUGCUUGAUGAUGGGAGUUUCGAGUGGCGGGCGCCGUUUGAUCCCGAGACGCCUUUGCCCUGGUUAGAUGCCGAGCACGAUGUGGGACCGACACUGUUGCAGAUUUUCAAGGAUGGGCCUAAGAAGUGGCACGGCCAUCGUAUCGCACUCACAUUCGAGACCCUCUCACCAAAUCAAGUCUGCGCCGCCUUCUCCCGUGCCUUGAAUCGACCCUGCCGCUACGUGCGCGUGCCUAGGAUCGAAAUUAAAGUCAAGAUCCCUCCCGGAUACCGGGAACAGUUGGAGGCGCUGGAGUUGCUCUUCGGCGAGUGCGAUGCGCCAUACUUCCCGCAGCCCGAGUUCUCACAACCCGCUGCCGGAUCGCCGAAGGGUUUGGGUCCGGCCGGUGGAAAGGGUGCCGGCGCGGGGAUGAUGCAAGGUCCCGGUGGAGUGGUGUCUUUGCGGGUGACGGACGAGGCGAGGCAUUUGUGGCAGGGAUGGCGCGAUAUGGAGGAGUAUGCACGUGAGGUAUUCCCCGUGGAAGAAGAGGCGAACGGACUGGAUUGGAUGCUUUGAAAGGAAGCAAGCGUAUGAUUUUGAGGCUUCCUGAUUGCGUCUUUCCUUACUGUCAUGUUUGCCCGAGUCGCUGAUGACCAUGCGAUUGGGAGGGUGGAAGUGGGGUUAGCAGCACGUAUUGUGUUCCCCGCUUUCUCGAUUCUUUUACGACUGUUUGAUCCCCGGCAGACGUGCACGGUGAUGUUGUCUGUGCAUGUCGAACCUGCCUCGCAGCCUGUUCUUUCUACUGUUCUUGUUUAUGGGUUACUGCCUUGAGGGCUCUAAUCAUUGCAUUGUUGGCGAAUGGGCAUGGGAAUUAUGGGAUUUCUCGAACGGUUAUAUCACCGUUGUGGCUUGUUACUUUCUUCUACUCUCUGAUUCCGACAGAUCCAUAUGCCUCGGUUGUCGGGCAUUGGGGAUAUCCUUUUAUCUCUCUUCUUAUCUGAUUCCCCGAAAAAAAGUUUGAUUUUGCUUUUAUGGAUGGUGCUUUCUACUAUUAUUUUCAAUAUUCAUACCUCGCUGAGGAGUGAAGUUUACUCUAUCUGGAAUAUGUUUUCUCAGAAAAAAAUAAGACCCAAAAUGAGAUAUCGUUAUUCUUAUUAGA